AUGCAAGUUGCCUUGCUGGUUCUCGCCAUGGCCUUCGUGGUCUCUGGUAUGGCCACGGACAGGUCGCUCCCCUGCCCGGGCAGGAAUCAGGAACGCCGUCAUGGCGGGAUGGAACGGUGUGAUAAGAAGUGUGCCGGUUUGAGUACUGACAAGCAUCGGGGCUGUCCCUUGAUGUUCGUCUACAACGGGUGCCACUGCAAAGAGGGCUUCGUUCAGAAGAUGCGAAUUGCCUUGCUGGUGCUCGCCAUGGUCUUGGUGGUCUCUGGAAUGACCACGGGUCGGGACAGGUCUCUCCCUUGCCCGGGCACGAAUCAGGAACGCCGUAAUGGCGAGAUGGAGGAGUGUGAUAGAGAGUGUGCUGAUUUAAUUGCUGACGAGCCACGGAUCUGUUACCGGUUGUUCGUCUCCAACGCUUGCCACUGCAAGGAGGGCUUCGUUCGUGAGGUGAGAUACGGAAACUGCAUCCCACCUAGUGAAUGCGAACUGGAU